ACGACGACGACGACGGCUCUGAUAAUUAGUCAACGAGAAAUCUGCCACAAGAAUCAAUCAUUUAGCGGAUCCAUAGAGUGGGUGCAAAUUGAGCCACCAUGGAUUUUCUCGAUCGGGUUCUUCCAGUCUAUGUCGAUUAUCUGGGAUCCUUCGAGAGUGUACCACAUGAUUUAGAAGACGGACACGAUGUCAUGAAACAUCUUUUGGAUCACGGCGUUCAAAGCCCACAAUUCGUUCCCAAUGCCGAGAUCAUUUUCACCCAAGACCACAUCCUUAUCAAAGACGUGAUUCAAAAUGUUGUGGCGAGGCGAGUAGCUUUGACCCAGGUCGCAGAUCCCAUGGCCUUCAUUGCUAAAUCAGGGACUGUGGGUUCCGGCCUUUCCCGGGUGGUUGUAUUCACUGAGACCAACUCCGGAUAUUUCGGACGAAAUCGAUUGUUCCACGCCGUGCAAUGUCUGGACAGCGAUCCAUCCGACUUGGUGGAAUCCAUCACCAACUUUACGUCCCCUCUGGGACAUUCCGUGCCCAGCCUGAUGACCCAAAAGUCCCAAAACUCGUUGGACAUCAAUUGGAAAACAGAACCCAACGACCAGCCCAUCAUAGCCAAGCCACCAAUUGUGCAUUCGAGUGGAGGACCCUUCAAUGGGUUCCCUCCAGUGGUGCCGUUGAUCACCUCAGACACGGCCAACAUGGUGGGACAUGCUAAGCCUCAAUUCCAAUACAACACCACCACGGAUCCAGUAGAGAAGAAGACGAUCCUGUUGAAUGCCUGCAUCGAUGAUAUUGAGCGAUUCUGCGGUGAGGUUGAAAUCAUCCGAGAGAAUCGGCAGAACAUUCGCCAAGGCCAUGAACACGUUAAGAGGGAAGAUUUUCGUGCCAGUGAUUUCGUGAAAAUCUUCCAAAAGUUCAAGCUCACCUUCAAUUUGUUGGGUGAUUUGGAUGGACACAUUGAGGAACCUGACGCAUCCACUUUGGUCCACCAUCUUCUGCCUCCGUUGGCGCUUUUGGUGGAUAAGUGCUAUGAGGACUACUCGGAUGAUCUAAUUCGCGAUGUCGCCAACCCGCCUCUCACUCGAACAUCGGCCAACUUUUUAAACCGCGUGCUCCAUGAGCGAGAAGUGGUCAUUUGGAAAGCCCUCGGGGACAACUGGUACACUCCCAAGUUUGCCAUGAAUGAAAUGGCUCCAUACAAACCCAUUUUCCAAGAUGGUUGGAGCCCAGGCUUGGUCAUGCAAUCCGCUGAUCACGUCGAAGUCGUGGAAGGUCAAAGAUCCAACAUAAAAAAGAGUUCAAUAGUCCACAAGGAGACGUACGAGGAUGACGAUUUUAUCAAACCAAAUAUUCCAGUGGGCGGAUCACACGACGACUUUAGGGACUCGCUUAUGGCGAAGCAAGCCAAGAUUGGGCUGGUUUUAUACUCUCGAGACCGACAAAACAAACGCGAAUUGAGCGUUACCAAAGGCGAAUAUUUGGAAGUGACGAAUUCGGACAAGAAAUGGUGGCACUGUCGAAACGGAGAAGGCAAAUCUGGCUACGUGCCCCAUACGCUCCUGAAGGCGCUCAUUUACUCUGAAAAUUUUGGGGACUCGGAUGCGAACCGUGAUGCCCAGUGGAAACGGUCGCCUAGGACAUAUUCCUCGUCAAGAGAAGACCGUAGUCCCUCUCCGGUGAUGAGUGUGGCUCCCCCUCCCCCUCCCAUGCCACAGAAAAGUCCAGAGAGUGUGGUCAUUCCCAUCAAACGAAACACAGGUUCUUCCAAGUAUCAGAACCAACAUUCCGUCCGGUCGACCAUGUCCAUGCAAGAGGAACUGAAGAACGUGCUGGAUGUGUUCAAAGACAACCAGAAGAACCAUCUGGAAGUCACCAAAACCCCUGACAUUUACAUUGGGCAGGAUUCCACGCCCCACGAAGUUCGUGAGUGGCUGAGGCAGAAGCAAUUCAGUGAAAGAGUCUUGUCCCAACUCUCUGGAUUCAACGGGUCCAAAGUUCUCGAGCUGUCCCGGAAGAACCUGAUUGCGUCCUUUGGCAAAGAGGAGGGAGCGCGCCUGGAUUCCCAAUUGACCUUAUCCAAGAACACGAAGGGCUACCGCACAGCUCGGAGCUCAGAGUUGAGAGCGGUAUUAGAACGGGCCCGAAAGAAGACCGAUACCGAUGACCACUACAUCUCCGAAGAGGAAGAGUCUGAUCCCGACUUCUAUUCUCGGGCAUAAAUCAAGGGCCUUGAUGGCAAUGGCAAUGAGGGACAUGGUGAUUAAGAAUAAGUUAAACUAGAAACUGUUUGAAAUAUAUAAGUUCGUAUACGAUA